UUCUACUUAAGUACAGAGUUUUAGUACUUUUACUGUAAAUCUGCUGCACUGUAUUUGAAUGGCUUUUUGUCCAGUGACUCAAAUACAGCAUGUUGAUCUUUGCGAAAAGUCAUGGUUAUUUUUUUAUUUUAUUUUUUUUAAAAAGGGGGCUUUUGAAUAUGUAAACGUACGUGUGAUGCGAUGGGAUGGGAAGAGGAAGGUGAGGGGAUGGACGAAGGGAACGGGGGGUCGGGGAAAGCGAUGAGUAAGAGGUGACUCAACAUCCCAUCACUAUAAGACACGUCGAUGGUGGCCCAACAGUGGACACACUCACCAAGCAAAGGACCCGCAGCAAAAACAAAAAACAAUUAAAAAUAAAAGAACAAACAAUGGACUGCAUCACCUUAGCCAUCCUGGUGUCCGUCUCGCAAGUGUGGGGAGCGGCCACGGCAGCCCCCAUGCCCAUGAAGGUCAGAGUCAAGUGGAUGUCUGAGCAGCUUCUGGUCAAACUCAACAAAAUCAAGGUUUCUGCCGGCGUGACGCUGACGCCGCCGGUUGACCAACUGGACGGGCUCUCCUCAGUGGUGGCCCUUCUGGACGGCUACGGCGAGCUCAUCUCAGACUCUCAGUACCUGUCUCAGGUGAAGACGGAGAUCUCGUCGCUGAAGGGGACCCUGACUCACCUGAAGCAAGGCCGCUGCGCGGGGGAAGCCAAGGCCAACAGGACCUCCGCGGCGGGGGGGCCGCUCCAGCGGUUGCAGGGUCAGCGAAACUUCGUCCUCACCGUCAGCAUGGAGGCGCUCCUCAGAGUCAAGGACAUCCUCACUCGGUUGCUGGCGAAGAUGGAGAACCUGGACAAAUGCUGAGAGACCGAAACUCCAAAACACGUGUUAGGGUUUGUUGAAGACUUUUUUUUUUUUCCCAAAAAACAUCUUAAGUAUGCAACGGACAGUUUUGACAUUUUUCACCUUUAAUUUAUUUAACAUCCCAGAAACCAAUCCAUCGCUGAUGAAGAUAUGAUGAAGCAAACAAACGAGGUGCCCCAAAAUUCAUUGUACACCCCCCCCCCCCAUUUCCCAGCAGUUGACAGCUUAGACUUUGCAGUUUUAGUUUUUAAUCACUCGCUGAACAAACUGCUAAAUUGAGGUUUUGCUGAUCCGUGGUCCAGUGCAGCCCUGAAGGUCGAUUUUCCACGGUUUUGCGCAAAUCUCUACUCUAGAAGUUCACUGUUUUUAUUAAUUACGGCAGGCCUUCAGCUUCCUAGUUUCUCGAGUACAGGUGAAUAGCAUAAAUUGUAGAUUAAACUAUGCGACGCCUGCAAAGAUUUUCAAGCUGGCGUGGAACCUGCAGUUGAGGAAAGUACCGCUUUUCCAAUGUCAAUGCGGUAGCCACGGGCAACGGAUUGCUGUGCUUACAAAAAACUGCAAAGCCUAUACCAGGGGUGUCAAACUCAUUUUUGUCACGGGCCACAUCGUAGUUAUGAUUUCCCUCCGAGGGCCGUUAUGGUGAAAUCAUACAAAUCAUGAAUCACCUCAUCAUAUUUACACAAAAUCUAUGAACUAGCUUUGGAAUCAGAAAUCAAGCGUCAUGGGUUUUUCAACCAUUGUUCAUGUUUGGUAACACAAAAAUGCAGAUAACAUCUCGAAAUUAUCAUUUAUGAUAUAUGACAAUUUGAAACGUCAGGACAUAUUUUCACAAGAAUCACAGAGUUUGACACCGACGAUUUGCCUUUGCGGGCCACAUGAAAUCAUGUGGGGGGCCGGAUCUGGCCCCCGGGCCUUGAGUUUGACACCCGUGGCCUAUACUGUCAAAUGCUGAUGCACUUCAGUCCGUCCCAGUUACCAGUUAUCAAAAUGGUAAAAAAAAAAAAAAAAAAAAACGGUGACUUUUGGGACAGCCAGGAUUGUUUUUUUUUUUCUACAUUAAAAUAAGCGUUGAAGCAAAAAGUACAUUUUUCCCUAAAUUUCGGCAUCUUUCGUAACCGUGGACUAAUUAGUCUUCAAUGAACCCAACACGCAUCUUGGAAUACGCCAGGAACUCAAGAAUUGCCGCAGAGGGAAACGGUAAACACAGGAAGGCUUUCAGAACCCAGAACCUCAGAACUGUUGAGGCACAUGUGUUAACCACCGGUUUUGCCGCCGCUCUUAUUUAAAUUACUGGGAUUUUUAUUUAUGUCACCAGCUCUUCCAAUACUCCUCUAUUUAUCGCCGUUGAAUGUGCAUUUUGUAUAUUUUUGUACUGUAUUGGCCUUUUAUAAAAACUAUUUAAGGAGAAAUUGAUGGAAUAAAGUGCCGCUUUUUUCAAGUCGACUGUUGUGAUGUAGUUUUCUUUCGAAGGGGGUUUCCGUAGUUUUCACAUUGCUGCAUAUGAGGCUGUCGUGCUGAUAACUUUUGACCCCGUAAAUAUUUUUGUUUUUUUCCACC